CAACAAGAUAAUUAAUAUUCAAAAAACCGUGUAACAUAGAAUAAUAAAAACUUUUUUUACUUUUUUUUUCAGGUCAAUUUUUUUCCUUGUUUUCUAUUUUCAUAUAUUUCAGAUGGAACAACACGGGUUACGGUUUAGAAUUGUAUCAUUUAAUGAUUCUGCUAAAAAAAAACUGAAUAAUACAUUAUUUUACAUAAAAAAAUUUAUAGAAUUACCAACAGAAUAUGGUAAAAAUUUCAUUGAUACUACUAUUAAUAUUUAAAAUCAGAAUAGAUUUGGAAUUAUUUUAAAGGAAGAUUUUUCUUGAAAAACAUGAAGCUUUUUUUGUUAUUGAUCAAAAUUUAUAAAAAUUAAAACUACGUAAUAGAAAAAAAAUUUUUUUUUCAUCUGAGGUUUUCUUUUAUUAUUGAAUAAAAUUCUUCGUAUACAUAGUUGAUACAAUUAAACUUGAACCAAAUGAAUUCAUAACACCGAUUGUUAUUUCUAUCAAUGAAACAUUCGAUUGGAAUAUAAAUGACGGAAAUUAUUGUCAAAUUAUUUGUUUAACACCAAACUCAACAAUCCUAGCUGAUACUAUUUUAUGGUUUGAUCAUUUAUUAAAUCUUACUAAUGACCCUAGAUAUGAUGAAAAAGCUCAAUCAGAAUUACCUUGUAGUAUGACCCUUAAAGAAGGAUAUGAAUUUGAAUUUAGUCUUCAACCGAUUGAACUUCCAGCAUCUUUCAUCUCUUCAUCACGUUUCGCAAGAAGAAAUAAUCUUCUUAAGCUACCAUCAAACCAACAAACAACUGAAGGUCAUUUAAUGAAAUUAAAACAAUUUGAUCAACCAGUUCAUUGUGCUGUAUGUCACGGAUCUAUUCGGGGUUUCCAUCAUCAUGGUUUUGAAUGUUUACAAUGUUCUCUUGUAACACAUAGAAAAUGUCGUAAUGAUAUUCCAUUUUGGUGUGAAAAAUCAUCAGGUUCAAUGGCUUCCCGCUUAAACUUUAUUCAUCCACAUACGUUCAAAACAUACGAAGUACCAUUUGUUCGAGCUUUUGUUACUCGUAACCAUAUUCAUUGUGAUCAUUGUGGUGCACAAAUAUUUCGCAAUGCUCUCAAAUGUACACAAUGUUCUAUUACGAUUCAUGAACGUUGUCAAUCAAAUGUUUCACAAAUGUGUAAAAUUUCAGAUGAUUCACCACCAGCAACACCUUCGGCAUUUCCAAAUAUAGUAGGUGCACGCUUUCAUGUUGAAAAAAUUAAAAAAGAAAAUAAUCAAAUUUCGCAAUCAUCAUCAUUUGAUUUAUCUUGGCUUGAUCCAUUACCAAAACUUCCUAUAUAUAAUCAACAAACAAUAUCUUUACCAAAAUUUAGUGAUUUUGAAUUUAUUGGUCGUCUUGGUGAUGGUGCUUCUGGUCAAGUCUAUUGUGUUCAACAUACUUUAUCAAAAAAAUAUUUGGCUAUUAAAGUAGCUGAUGGAAAAAAUGGACAAGCACGACAACAAUUAGAAGUUGAAAAAUACGUUUUAUUUCGCCAUAGUUCUGGAAAUCCUUAUAUGGUUAAAGCUUAUUGUGCAUUUCAUCAAGGAAAUAAAUUAUUUCUUGGCAUGGAACUUGUUCAAGGUGGAAGCUUAUGUCAUAAAAUUCAAACAAAACGAAUGAAUGAAGAUGAAAUAAGAUACUAUUUAGCACAAACUAUUUCUGUUAUACAAUAUUUACAUUCAAAUAAAAUUGUUUAUCGUGAUUUAAAACUUGAACAUGUAAUUGUUUGUUCAACAGGUUCUAUACGUCUUAUUGAUUAUGGACUUGGACGAUUAUUAAAAACUCCUGAUGAAAUUUGUCAUACCUUUUGUGGUACUUAUAGUUACAUGGCUCCUGAAGUUCGACGUUUAGAAAAUGGCUUAUCAGAUGGAGGUUAUAGUUAUGCAGUUGAUUUUUGGGCACUUGGAAUAAUGUUAGUACAAAUGUUAUGUGGUGAAAAAAUGGAUGUUAACUGUGCAUUUUCAAGUAGUAAUGCAGACACCACUAAAUCAACAAACAUAACGGAAUAUUUGCCAUUACCUCGUUGUAUAAGUCUUGAAGCUCAUUCAUGUGUUAUUGGUUUACUUGAAAAUGAUCCUGAAAAACGUUUAGGUUCACCUAAUUCACCACAUGGUGCUAUACGUAAUCAUAAAUUUUUCAAAGCUGGUCAUCAAAUUAAUUGGCAAGAAAUUGAUGAAGAGAUAUUUAAACCUGGCCAUAAAACUUCAGAAGAUAUACAUGUUCAAUUUGGCAAAGCAUAUGAUCAACAACUUUCAGAUUUACCAAUAGAUAGAGGAAUUCGCGCUAAAGACGAUUGGAUAGCUGCUGGAAAAUCAACAUGUGCACCAGAUGAAAAUGAAAGAUUGCAAUCAUUUGAUUACAUUAGCGAAUCAUCUUGGCGCGAAUUUACUUUAUCAAAUGCUUUGUGA